GCUCCAUUAAACUAUGGAUUGAAUUGUUUUAUUGUUCAGCUACAAAUAAAACUCUACCCGGAGUUUUACAUCCGUUUAUAAGAGCCAUUAAUUGCGAGUGUCCGAGAAACGCCCAAUCACUGUGUUCUACCGGAGUCGACGAACAGUUUUCGUUUUUGGACGUUCUUCGGUUCCAUUUUAGUUCUCCAUACAUAUGCGCAUUCUAUUUAUAUAAACAGAUCGUACAACACAACCGACCAAGCAAAUAAUAACAAUAAAUGUGCAUAAUAUUAUAUAGCCAUUCAGCUCCAGCCCAGACAGCCCACAGAAGGUGGUGCUUCUUGGUACGAAAGGUGACAAAUCCGAAACACGAAAAGAACCCAAUAGGAGGAGUUGCAUUCGCGCUUGGUCAGUGCUCGGUUGGGUUUGCCGUGUGCGUGGUGCAUCGUUAAAUCUUUCUGCACUCCACGUGGCGCUGUUUGUUUUGUUAGUGCAUCGGGUUGGUGCGCUAUGGCGUACGACUCAUUCAUGCCCUUUACCCUAGCCAUCGGAUCCGAUUCGGAUUUCGGAAUUUCGAUACAUUCGGUAAACCGGGGGGGCUCUAUUGACCAUGCGCCACCAAUUUGGAUGGGGAAAGUUCCCCAUUCGGGUGUUCGUGGUUUGACGAAGUUUGACAGCUUCCGCCAGUGGGAUUUCGUUCGAUGGCGCGUGAUUGUGGUCAGUGUAGACUCCGAUAUCAUGCCGGUUAGGCCGGUUUAUCAUACGAACCGUUUUGCGAGUUAAGGAUGGCGCCAAAAAAACACGUUUCGAAACGAUCAACAGUUCAGUUGCAGUUGAUUUUGGGUGGUUAGAGCGAGCAUGAGUUGAAAACCUCAUGAGUAGUUGAUAAAUGUUAUUAAGCAAAGUGGUUCAAUUGGGCACGGUAUAUCCUCUUAAUAAUAUAUUCGUUAUCAACAAUCACUCUAUAACAUAAGAGAUAAUGAAUGCUGAUUACUUCAAUAUCGUCCACAGUUGAUUAAGCACCUGGUGCAAUUGCGUUACGAACGGAUUGCGUUACGAAACGCAUACAACAGUAAGUAAGGAAAGGGACAAGCAUAACUGAGCUCCAUCCAGCACCGGAAUGGAACCCGCCUCGAAUUCUCGUGAGUAUGGUGUGUGUGUCUGACGUAUGCCAACCAUCUGUUGGCACCGCGGGAUUCAGGUAAAUUGUGGUUGAUUGAUUCCACCACCAGUGUGGAGCGUUGUUUUGUUUGAAUUGCCUUUUUGAAACCAUCGUACACAAUUGCGAAGAAUUAUCUUCGCCCACCAUUGUCUAACCAUUGAGCAAUCCGUCGGACAUCGUUGAGCACCAUCGAUCGCGUCGAACCAUCAUCAUCUGCGGAGUGUGUUUGUGUGUGUGUGUAAAGUGUGUGAUAAAAAACUUACCCCCCCAAAAAAACCAUUGGUCAUUCGUUUUGCUUGUCUUCACUCACUCAUUCAUUCUUUCGCGAUUUACACGCCUCUUAUCUUGCAACCGCAGACCGGACACGGCGGCACUGGAGAGUCAGCUGGUGUCGGCAUUCCGGGCCGCUGCCUUGCCGGACAACGAAACGCUGGACCUGCGUCAACCAUCUCCCCUGUCGCCGGGAGCUGAUACCCAUGGUCACCACCACCAGCAGCAGCACCAUCAUCAUCAUCAUCCGCACCAUCAUCAUCCGGGUGCGGGAUCGCUUGCACUGCCGGAUUAUUCCCGCAAGCGGUCCCACCGCCACGCGGAUCUGCCCGGCUUCUUUCAAGGUACGCCCGGCGGCGAUAUGGUGCCGGGGCCAAAAAAGGGCAAAUUUUCAGCCGCUGCCACAGCAGCUGCUGCGGCCGUUGCCGCUAACUACUAUGACAAUGCAUAUCUUUCGUUCGAGAAAAGCCUCCGGGGAGCGUUUGGGGGUGUGGAAGGAAUGGCUGGACCAGGUCCAAUGCUCGAAGGUCCCGGUGGUAAUGGUGGAGGAGGGGGUGGAGGUGGUGGUGGUGGUGUAGGUGGAGGUGGAAACGGACCUGGAGGUUCUGGCGGAACGCUCGAUCCAUACGGCGGGGGUCAUCACCUGCUAAGUCCGAUCAACUACACCCUAACGGCCGAGGCCAUCAAUAGACGCAUACGAAGUACGCUCGGGCUGGACGAUCAGGACCAGAUGGAGCGGGCACUAGCGAUGAACAACGGCAGCAAAGGUACAUCGGACGACUGUUGCCCGGGGAUGGCCAGUCCGGAUUGGAUGAUGCGCCGGCCAGGUUCGGGUAGUGCGGGUGGACCGGCGCUUGCUGAUACGCGUGCCUACACCCACAGUCCGCUACCACCCGGAACUCCCGGCACACUGUACGAGGAGCACAAGUUUGCACCAUUCUCACCGACCAGUACUACCGCCAUGCAUGACGAUAAUAACAACGUAGACAAAAAGGCAUUCCAAGAGUAGAAACGCGGGAAAAAAAAAGAUUUCAAAAUUACAGCGGACGAGUUCUUUCAUUUCGAGAAACUGAUACGAUAAGCGAUAAAUUGCCGUAAAGACUUAAACAUUUAGGAUUAUACGAUUCAUACGUACAUCUUACGGGAUGCAAUACAGGGGUGCUAAGAAUUGGGAAUUGUUGUGGAACUUUGGAACUAAUGAGAAAAAAAUAUCCCGAACAAAAAAAAGGCUAAUAGAUUUGUAACGAAUCGGGUUUCAUGGCAGAAACUUUCCUUUUCCUUUUGGUGCAUUUUCAUUAAAUUACACCUUCCAUAACCAAGGCGAUAAAGCUUACUUUCGAUUUGUUCGAAGUUAGUACAUUAAAAUGUUGCGACUUUAAAAAAAAAAUGGUGAGCUUCUAAAUGUUGUUUCCUUAUUUGUAUUGCUGUCUUGAAAUGGAACAUUUGGGGAAAAGAAUGGAACGAAACUGAUGCCUAUCAAAAAGAAAAAUCGAAAUCAUAAAAUGUUUAAAACUGGCCGAGAAUGUGUACGACAUUCUCAAUAAUUCUUAAAUACAACAUUUGAUAUUCCGACACAUGAGGUAACAACUCAUGCAGAUACAGAACUCGAACGGUAAUCUCAGAAUAGAUAAUCAAAAUUAACGAAGCAGAAACAAAAAACACAGAAAAACACACACAGACAGAACAUCUCUUUGCUGAAAAGAAAAACCUUGGUGAUUAUUCUAGACUGAUUAGAUAAUAUACAACUCAUCGGUAUAUAUAAAUAUAUAUAUUCGUAGUGAUCGGUAUAUGAAUUGCAGGGUGCAACAAAGCAAAUGAAUCAAUGUGGCAAUGUGGGGCCCCCUAUACUGGUGUAGUAUUGCAGAUAAGCACAACCGUAAACCGUAAACCGUGUGGCUAUAUUAUCGUAGGGAAAAAAAGAGAAUAAUGUAAUUGAAACUUUGUAAAACAUAAAAAACAAACAAAAAAACCCAUUUAGCAGCGUAACACUAUACAUUGGUAACACUUAUAUCGAGCUAUAAAACCCGAGUAAACCCGAGAGCCUAGAGUGUUGUGGACGACAACGGUCGAAAAUGUGAAAUGAUGGAUGAAGCUUCGCCGACAAAUGAUAAGCCAUUUGGGAAUGAAGAAAUAAAGCACGUUAUAAACAUU